CAUAUUACGUUCCUUUGCUCCGAUGUGGCCUGUAAAUAUUUCCCCUAUUUAACCAAGGUGGCUCAGCAGUGCCCUGAGCUGAGGAACCUCUUGUCAAUGCGUCCUUUUCUCUCCGUCAUGCAUGCAAAGGCUCACACUUGGAAAUGCGAGAUCAAAUGGGGAGGUGCGUUUCAGGAUGGGGCCGGUUCAACAGUUGGAGAAGAGGUGGAACAAGUAAACAGUUUCCUGUCUAGGGCGGCCAUCACAACGAAGUACAUGUCUAAAGCAGGGCGAACAGACAUGCUGACCCUCCUGGCUUUGGGUUGGAACAAAAGGAAAGUGGAACAACUGGGCCGCACUUUGAGCCAGAGAUAUCUCAAGAUCAUAAGGAUCCUUAGAGAACAAGUGGAGAGCCUGAAUGCGACCAAAAAUGAGCUGGGUGUGGAUGACGACACACUGCAGCAAUGGGCUGAAGAAACUGAUCAAACUGAUGGCAGCCUUGGAGCGUUGCAGGCACGAAUAGAGGAGCUUGUCGUCAUCAUCAGAGUGCGAACACAAAGUCUUUACAGACAAAAUGAUAGCAACAAGAGGCGACACAGAAUUCGCAAGGUCAUCUUAGAUGAGAAGAAACGCUUGGCGGCUGCUGUUGACGACUACAACAAGCUUGCUGAACCAACAAAGCAAAUCGUAUCCAGUGAUGCCCUCAUCCAGACCGACAUUUGGCCCUGGCAGAGCACAAGUGAACCUGCUGCAGACCUCCAGACAAAGAGAAAGGUCUUUGAGAAGGUGAUGGCUGUGAGGCGCCUGAGAGAGGAGGAGAUGAUCCUUUGCAGGGAGAUGCGGCAUCACUGGACAGUGUUGCGAAUGCGAUCUGUGGUGUUGGGGACAAUCUCCUCAGACUCCUCCCUUGUUGGCAUGUCGGCGGAUGCACAGAAGGGACUCCAUAGCCUGGUUUUAAAAAAACAAAGUGAACUGAAAGCUGAAAUGCUCAAAGUAAAGGACAUGUACAAGAGAAUCCUCAGCUACCAACCACUCCUGGAAAUGGACUCGGAGGAGGAGGAAGACAUUCCAGACGAUGCCACUGAGAGUGAUUUGAGCACUUCUGAUGAAGACUGA